AUGGUCGUCAUGAUAGUUUUAGGACAACGACACACGAACGAAUUUGUGUGGACUGAAUUCGUCACCGACCAGAGUGGAUGGCACAACAAGGGAGUCAUAUAUUCAAUUGGAUUGCUGACAGCGGCGUUCACCCUAAGUAGCUUCGACGGCGUUAUCCACAUGUCCGAAGAAGUCAACGACGCACCCAGAGCCGUCCCCCGCUCAAUGGUCUGGGGAUUAUGCGUGAACGCCGUCCUUGCCUUCGGCUUCGCCAUAGCCCUACUAUACACCAUGGGUGACUUCCAAAAAGCCCUCGACUCCCCAACAGGAUACCCCAUCAUUGAGAUAUUCUACGCACAAACCGGAUCAAAAGCAGCAUCCAGCGCAAUGAUGCUCCCGAUCCUCCUCUCCGGCUGCUACUCCUCCUUCAACGUCCUAGCAUCAGUCAGUCGGCUCACAUGGGCGUUUGCUCGCGACGAGGGAUUCCCCUUCUCAUCGUUCUUCGCACAUGUAUCACCUCGAUACAAGAUCCCCCUGCGAUCUCUUUUCCUAGUGACUACAAUCACCGUCCUGAUUGCCCUGAUCAACAUUGGCUCCUCGGCUGCAUUCAAUGCCGUCUUGUCGCUGGACACUCUCGCCCUUUAUAUCUCCUAUUUGGUCCCGAUUCUGUUCAUGCUGAUCAAGCGGGUUCGCUUCCCGGGUGAGAUCCGCUAUGGCCCGUUUAACUUGGGGAGGUUCGGUGUUCCGAUUAAUACUUUUGCCAUGCUGUACGGUACUUAUAUUACGGUAUUCCUUCCGUGGCCUGAAACUCAGCCCGUCACGGCGAGCGGCAUGAAUUAUGGUGCUCCGGUUUUUGGCGUCGCUCUGUUAUUCGCGGUGAUUGACUGGUUUGUUCGAGGACAUAAGAAGUGGAAUGGGCCCACAGUUAUGACGGCGCCAAAGUAG